GCGUUGCGAACUUCCGGGCCAGAAGGGUAACAACUGUCAAUGCCGAACUCCUCUCGCUCUUUUUCCGGGCAUCUUUGAUGUGCUAGUGGACACAUUUCGUUGUGAACCCAAAUAAAAAUCGCUAUGGUGUUCGGUUCCAAGGUGAUCAAAGCCGGCAACGGCGAACCCGAUGCGUUCGAGACGCAGAUCGGCCAGGCCAUCCUGGAGCUGGAGAUGAACUCGGAUCUGAAGCCGCAGCUGCGUGAUCUGUACAUCACCCGCGCGCGCGAGGUUGAGUUCAACAACAAGAAGGCGAUCAUCAUCUACGUGCCGGUGCCGAAACAGAAGGCCUUCCAGAAGGUACAGACCCGUCUGGUGCGCGAGUUGGAGAAGAAGUUCUCCGGCAAGCACGUCGUGUUCAUUGCCGAGCGCCGCAUUCUGCCCAAACCGAUGCGUGGACGCCGCGACCCCAACAAGCAGAAGAGACCGCGUUCCCGAACGCUCACCGCCGUGUACGAUGCCAUCCUGGAGGAUCUGGUAUUCCCGGCGGAGGUGGUCGGCAAGCGUAUCCGCGUCAAGCUCGACGGAUCCCAGCUGAUCAAGGUGCACCUGGAUAAGAACCAGCAGACCACCAUCGAACACAAAGUUGACACUUUCGCGUCGGGUGUACAAGAAGCUGACUGGCCGUGACGUUACGUUCGAAUUCCCAGAGAACUACCUGUAAAAUAUAAGGGUUGCGUGCUAGAGGAUAGCCGAAGUUUGCAGCAGCUACAGCACUUGAUUAUUGGAGUGUUUGUGCUACUGGAAUGUGAAAGAUCGGAGAAAUCGGGGUGGACGCAGAAAAGCCGUUAAAAAUAUCCAACAAAUAAAAACCUGUAUGGAUAGGAAAACUUAA